AUGUCUAACCAAAAGAAAAACCAAAACCAAAAUCCAAGUAAAAACCAAAAUGCAAACCAAAACCAGAACAAAAACCAAUAUCUAAAUCAAAACCAUAAUUCAUAUCCAUUAGAAAAUGAGGAUUUUAAUCUAAAGGAGACAAAACCAACUCUUGGUGGUGGAAGAGUUACUGCAAAUGACAGACUUGGCACAGCAUUUGAUCUUGUUGAGCAAAUGCAUUACUUAUAUGUAAGGGUAGUCAAGGCAAAGGACAUACCUUUUAAAAAAGAUGGCAAUAGCAAUCCUCAUCCUUUUGUUGAAGUGCAACUUGGGAAUUUAAAGGGUCUAACUUUUCACUUUGAACACAAGUCUAGUCCUGAGUGGAGCCAAGUGUUUGUCGUGUUGAAGGACCGGAUUCAAUCAAGAGUUCUUGAAGUUUGCUUGAAGGAUAAAUCAAGAAUUGGUGAUAGUGAUGAUGCUUUGAUUGGAAAAGUAAAUUUUGAGAUCAAUGAGGUUCCGAAAAGGGUACCUCCAGAUAGUCCUUUGGCACCUCAAUGGUACUGGAUGGAGAAUAGGAAAGGGGAAAAAGUGAAAGGAGAGUUGAUGUUGGCUGUUUGGAUAGGGACACAAGCUGAUGAGGCAUUUCAAGAAGCUUUACAUCUAGAUGCCACAGCAGUGAAUGGUGACGGUGUUGCGAAUAUAAAAUCUAAGGUUUAUUUAUCACCUAGACUUUGGUAUCUGAGAGUUAAUGUGAUAGAAGCUCAAGAAUUGCAGAUAGGCAACAAGAACAGGCUGCAACCGGAGAUUUACGCGAGGAUUACACUAGGAAAUGUGGUUUUAAGGACUAAGAAUUCUUUGAGUAAGAAUGUUUGCCCAUCAUGGAAUGAAGAUUUGAUGUUUGUAGUUGCAGAACCUUUUGAGGAUCAGUUGGUUUUGAGUGUGGAAGAUAAGGUGGCACCAAACAAGGAUGAAUUGCUGGGGAAGUGUGUCAUAUCUUUACAAGAUGUAGAAAAAAGGGUUGAUUUUAGUACUCCAAUUAGUAAGUGGUAUGGUCUUGAGAAGGAGGUUGUGUCUGAGGGUGGCAACAGCAAAGUUUCUAAACUAAACAGCAAGGUUCAUUUGAGGUUAUCUUUUGAUGGUGGAUAUCAUGUUCUUGAUGAAUUAACACAUUAUAGUAGUGAUCUCAAGGCAACAUCCAAGGAGUUGUGGAAACCAAGUAUUGGGGUUUUAGAACUUGGAAUCUUGAAUGCUCAAGGUUUAUCACCAAUGAAGAACAGAGAUGGCCGCGGAAUAACAGAUCCUUAUUGUGUGGCGAAAUAUGGUCAGAAAUGGAUUAGGACAAGAACAAUUAUCAACAGUUUCAAUCCCAAUUGGAAUGAACAAUACACUUGGGAGGUGUUUGAUCCUUGCACCGUGAUCACGAUAGGAGUGUUUGAUAAUUGUCAUUUGCAAGGUGAAGAUAAAAAUGACAAAGCCAAGGAUUCAAAAAUUGGGAAGGUAAGGAUUAGACUCUCCACACUUGAGACUAAUAGAGUUUACACUCAUUCAUAUCCUCUCAUAGUGUUGACACCAGCAGGGGUGAAGAAGAUGGGUGAAAUUCAACUGGCUGUGAGAUUUUCUUGUUCAUCUUUAUUCAACAUGUUGGCUAUGUACUCUCAACCCUUAUUACCAACUCUUCAUUACCUUCAUCCGCUGACUUAUUACCAGAUCGAUAACCUAAGGCACCAGGCUACACAAAUUGUUGCCACGAGGCUAAGUCGUGCAGAGCCACCAUUGAGAAGAGAAUUGGUGGAGUACAUGCUUGAUGUGGGCUCAAACACGUGGAGCAUAAGAAGAUGCAAAGCCAACUAUGUUAGAAUAGCUGGGAUCCUAACAGGCCUAAUUGCAAUUUGCAAAUGGUUCAAUGGGAUUUGCACUUGGAAGAACCCUUUCACAACUGUGCUAGUGCACAUCAUAUUCUUCCUAUUCGUGUGCUUCCCGAGGCUGAUCUUAAGCAGCAUGUUCGUCGUUGUUUUCUUCAUUGGUACAUGGAACUACAGAAUGAGGCCUAGAAAGCCACCACAUAUGGACAUCAAGUUGUCACAAGCUGAAAGAGUACCUUGGGAUGAAUUGGAUGAGGAGUUUGACACUUUCCCAACGUCUCGAAACAAUGAUGCUGUGAGAAUGAGGUAUGACAGAUUAAGAAGCAUUGGAUCAAGAAUGCAAGCUGUUGCAGGGGAUUUAGCUAAUCAAGGGGAAAGAUUCUAUAACUUGUUAACUUGGAGAGAUCCAAGAGCUACUGCUCUAUUUCUUAUCUUCUGUUUGGUUGCAUCAGUAGUGUUAUAUGUCACUCCUUUUACAGUUUUAGUGAGUCUUAUGGGAUUCUAUACAAUGAGGCAUCCAAAAUUCAGAGAGAAACUCCCUUCUGUGCCCUUAAGUUUCUUCAGAAGACUGCCUGCAAAAACAGACAGCUUGUUGUGA